CCCACGUAUAUAUAAAAGGGCCAUUGGCAUUCUAUAUAUCCCCAUUCAUUUAUCGAAGAUCAUAACAUCAGAUAAUUGAAAAAUGGUAGCCCCUAGGAUAAGCCUGAAUCUUUUGAUAGACAAUAAGAGAAAGCGCGUACUGUUUGCCGAAGCAGGUAAGGACUUUGUUGAUUUUCUCUUGGAAACUUUCACCCUGCCGGUCGUAACUGUCUCUAGGUUCCUAAAGAAUGAAGGCAUGCAGUUAGGCAGCUGCCUGCAAAGCCUGUACGAGAGUAUUGAAAACCUGAGCGAUACUUGCAUUCUGCCAGGCCAUAGUAAAGAUUUGGUUUUGAAGCCCAAAGUAGUCAUGUACGGUGGUACAGACUCCAUCCUCUUGCCAAAGGUGGAGUCCUAUACGCUCAAGAAGAAAUUCUACAAGUGUCGGAACUCAAGUUGCAGCAUCCGUGAUUAUCGCCUGUCUUCUACACAUGGCGGAUAUUGUUAUGCAUGCAAGUCAUCAUCUAUGGACGACGAGGUAACGUUUGAAGAGCUACUAAGCGGAAACAAGUCGAGUGGUAAUUUGAAUUUGUUGAAAGAGGGGGUUACAUACAUGGUGACCGAUGAUCUGGAGAUGGAGCCCAUUUCUGCCGACAAUUUCAUAACUCUACUUAAUGAGUAUGAUAUCACGGAUGUAGGGGCGCUUGAAAAGAAAGUGGUCGUUCUGGGCAAGGACGAGCGUGUGAAGUUGCUUAAGGCGGCCCUGCAAUCCAAGACUGUUUUGACUGAUGUCUUCCUGUCGAGACCGACUGAAAUUGAGGAGUCGAUCGAAACAGGUAUUGGAACUUUUGGAACUUCUGAUGAGAUGCUGACGGUUAAAGGUGAAGCUGAGGAUGAUGGGGAUAAGGAGGAACAGGGACACUAAAGGUUUUAUUGAAGAUAAACAGAACAACGUAUCUAUUUAAGACAAACAUUGUAAGGUGCCCAUCGGCUAGUCCAUGUACAUAUGGAAAGAUUACAAGCAACGGCUACUAACCAUAACUAUCCACCGCAAGCUCUCAACACUUCCAAUGGCUAUCUUAUAUUCAUUUUAGGAAAUCUUUUUAUUUUCUUUCCAUAGUAGAGAAAAUCUCUUUUUUCUAUGUAAUAUGUUCUUGAUCUCAUGUAUUCAACAACGUAUAUAUAAGAAAGAGGACUCUCAAUACACUCUCACGUUGAGUGAA